CCCGGGCACCCUGAGCUGCACUCCCAAUGAGCUCUGUGUUGACUGUCCCUUCUCUUCCCCCUACCCCAGAGGACCCUUCUCCACUUCAUGGCACCCGCCUGCCCCGUCCCUUUCUCCGCAGCCUCCGGACACUCUUCGAAAUCCUGGAUGACCAACGGAGUGGGACCAUCCACAUCUCGGAGAUUGAGAGCCGCUGGGGUCGUGGAGGCUCUGGGGUAAGCCCUCAGGAGGACCAAGAGAAAUGCCAGCUCCCCAGUGGGGUUCUCCAGGCCUUACAACAAGUGGCAGAGCCUUGUGGGGGCUACUUAAGUUUCCCCCGCCUGGUGGCUGGAUUGAGAAUUGCCCUCCUCCGGGCUGAAGAGGAAGAAGCAGCAGCAGCAGAGAAGGCAGGAGACAGCGCUGGAGCCAGGCAGGCCAAGAGUGGGCAGACUUCAUCGCAGUCCAUGAAGAACUUGAGCCGCAUACGAGAAUCUGAUGGGAAAGGUGUCACUCGCUCCCGCAGCAUUAACAGUUCCUUGUGCCAAGCCGGCCGACACCGAAGCAUCCGGAUUCCAAAGGAGCCCCGCAGACACACCAUUUCCAAUGCCGUGGAAUACAAUGUGCUGAAGCGGAUGCAGGAGCUGGAACGAGAGCGGGAUGCUUUGGUGCAAGGGCUGGAAAUGGUCGACCGAGUCCGCGACUGGUUCCAGCACCACCUGCUGGAGGCCCAGAGACGCCAGAAGCACCUGGGAGCGGAGGCAAACUAUUUCCCAGACUCUUACUCCAACCAGAGCUUCUUGCUGCUGGCCAAGAUCCAGGAAGUGAAUCUGUGCUUGAAAAACUUGCUCACCUCUCCUGGAAAGUCGGAUGUCCCACCCAGUGGUUUUGGCGUUCCCCUUUAUCCACCAGGAAAGGAGUUUCACCAACAAGCAGUCAAUGUCCUUAAGGAGCAGAACCACCUACUAAUCAAGGAAGUGUCUGAGAAAAGUGACCGCAUUGCCCAGCUGGAACAGGAGAAAGCAGCUCUCUGCAAGCAACUUAAAGAGAGCCGGGGCUACCGACUACCUAGCCAUAAGGAGUCCACCUUUAUCUGACAAUCAAGGUCAUCACCAUGUCCCUCUUCCUUCCUUAGAGCCCAAGACAAAAGACAGUCUCUCCAGCACACGUUUCUGUCCCAGGAGCCUGCAGUCAUCUUCCCCUUUUGUGCCAUUCCAUCUGCCUCUGCAAGUAGCUCAAGAAGCAGUUUCUCCUCUCUCCCCUUUAUGACCACAACAAUACCCCAGUUGUUCUGUUGCAGAACAAUUCAUACUACUACUACUACUACUACUACGUAAAACAUACAUAUAGAUGGAAUCAAUUUGCCUAAUUGCACAAGUUGUUUAGGAAAAAUUUGGGAUGAAUUGAUUGACACAGUCAGGGGGUCAUUGAGAUUUGUGGAAAAGAUCAGGUAGAAGAAAAUAGAUCUGUAUAAGAAAGGAGCCAAGAUCUUCAGUAUAGGACUGAGAAUUGUGCUAUUUCUUGUCCUCCCCACUCCUGUAAUAUAUUUCACAGGCUUUGGAUGUUCCAUCCAUUCUAGCUAUGGGGCCUAGAACCUUGUGUUCUUAAAGUGACAGUUCAGGAUUUAUUUAUUUUUGCUGACCUGCAAAAAUUUCUCAUGCUGUGCUACAGCUGCAACGAUGCAAGCUCUGGAACUCGCACUUGUAGCAUCUCGCUCACUGACACUCCAUAUCUCCACUGCUGUCACUGUGUGCUUUCACUACAUGCGGCAUCUUGGGUGCUGUAUGAUGUCACUUCCUACAGAGACUCAAUAUGGUCAUUCUUUCCCUGGU